CUUUGCGCCUGUUGAGGAGGGUCUUGCUCACCCACCCGGAUCAGGACCAUGUGUGACCAGCAGCAGACUCAGCGUUGUGUGCCGAUCCCCCAGUGCUGUGUCAAGGGUUCCUCUUUUGGUCCCUCACAGUUUCCCCAUGCCAACAACCAGGUCCUGGUGGAAGUUCCGUGCGGGAUGCAAAUUCUGGAAUGCGCUGCACCGUGCCCAGUUCAGGGUUCCCAGGCUCCAGGCCAGUCCAGUGCCACUGAAGUGAAGGGCCAGGCUCCGUGCCCAUCUAAGACCACCAAGAGUAAAUGCCAGGCUCCCUGCCAACCAAAGGCCACUCAGGUGAAAUGCCAGUCUAAGACCACUGAAGUUAAGUGCCAACCUCCCUGCCAGACUCAGGUUUCCUGUGUUCAGUGCCAGGCUCCAUGCCAGCCUCAGGUUGCCUACGUCCAAGUCCCACAACCUGUUCAGACCUACUAUGUAGAUAGCGCUCCAGUGUAUUAUACAGAAACUAGUUAUGUGGAGUAUCCAGUUUCAACCUAUGUACCUGCUCCAGUUCCUCAGCCUAGCCACGUUUAUGUAGAAUGUCCCUCAGUAGGCCAGGGCCCAGGAAGUUUCUCCGCUCCGUGCCGUUAUCAGGGCUCCUACGGUAGCUGCACUCCUCAAUCACAGUCGUGGGGUACUUACAGCAGCUGUGGUCCACAGCCUCAGUCUCAGGCUUCCUACAGUCGGUGUGUACCCCAAUUCCAGUCUGGGCCCUCCUACACCAACUGCGGCCCCCAGCGCCAGUCACAGGCUUCCUAUGGCAGCUGCACCACCGAGUUCCAGUCUCGGGCAUCCUACAGCAACUGCUCCUCCCAGCGUCGGUCCGGGACUUCAUUCAGAACCUGUGCACCUCAAUGCCAGCCCCAGGGCUCCUACGGAAGCUUCACCACACAGCGUAGGUCUCAGAGCACCAGCCGGUGCCUCCCUCCUCGUCAGCUCCAGCCAUCUUACCGCAGCUGCUCCCCACCAAGACGUUUUGAGCCCUCUUACAGCGGCUGCCUGCCAUCCCGAUGCUCCUCAGGCUCCUACAACUACUGCACUCCACCCCGCCGCUCAGAGCCCAUCUACAGCAGUCACUGCCCUCCUCGGGGCCGCCCUUCAGGCUGUUCUCAAAGAUGUGGACCCAGAUGCCGGGUCGAGAUUUCCUCCCCCUGCUGCCCCAGGCAGGUUUCCCCGCAGAGGUGUCCUGUCCAGAUUCCUCCCAUCAGAGGAAGAUCCCAGAGCUGUGGCCGGCAACCCUCUUGGGGUGUCUCCUGCCCGGAUCUGAGGCCACGCUCAGAACCACGUCCACUCGCAAGGUCCUGUGGGCCACUGCGUCUUGAUCGAUCUCCAGAGUCAUCAUGGCAGCGGUGCCCAGUUCCUGCUCCACGUCCAUGCCCACGCCCAGAGCCAUGCCUAAGUCCAGAACCCUGCGCACCACGUCCAUACCCACGCCCAGAGCCAUGCCCAAGUCCAGAACCCCGCCCACGUCCUCCUCUGAGAAGAUUUUCAGAACCCUGUCUGUAUCCAGAACCAUGCCCGGCUCCUCAACCAGUGCCACGUCCAGCGCCACGUCCAGUGCCACGUCCCCGUCCAGUUCACUGUGAGGAUCCAGAGCCAUGCCUGCGUCCACAGCCACAGCCGUGUCCACAUCCAGAGCCAAUGCCACGUCCUCGCCCGGUUCACUGUGAGAAUCCAGAACCAUUCCCACGCCGACAGCCCUGCCCUCAUCCAGAGCCAUUGCCACGUCCGGUGCCCUGCUCCAGCCCAGAGCCUUGUGGGGAGCGCAUUCGCUGCCCCAGUCCCUGCUCUCGUCCCAAUCCAGUUCCCUACCACCAAGAACUAGGCUGUCAUGAAUCUAACCCAUGCCACCUGGAUACUGAAGGCCCGAGCUGUGGCCCGUACAGCUACAGCCACCGGCCGGGGAGCAAUAGCAGCUGUGGAUCUGGUGACGUCUUUUCAGGGUCACAAGGUCUAGGUGGUUGUGGAGACCAAGGAAACACCUACGGUGGCAGGAACAGUGGGGCGAAGGGCGCCUACUUUUAAACAAAAGUGUGGUCAAGAUAAAUGCUCCCGCCUCAGCUUCUUUAGAAUAUUUCUCCCUUCUCAUCUGGGCUACAUCUCUCCACAGCCACUGAGGUGUUUCCUGCUCCAAACUCCUUGUCUGUCG